UUUCAUCCCCGGCGUACCUUUGAUCCGUUGAGCGAGAGCCCUUCCGCACGGGACUCCCGGAUCACUAUGGCCGACUUUCGUCUCUGUUCGACUUGUAGGUCUCACAGUCAGGCAGGCUUAUACCAUUGCAUUCCAAAGCUGGUAUUUCCCCAGCUUGAGCCUACCUUC